GGGAGAGAGUGGGAGAGAGAGAGUGAGAGAGCCCUCUAUGGAGUGUUGAUAAAGAGUGACAAUACGUGCCAUUCGUUCACAUUUUGAUUGCAUUUCGCGUUUGUUUCAAAACUUACAAAAUUGUUGUCAAUUGUGGUCUCGUUUUGGUCACCAUAUGAGUUAAGACCAGAAAAUGAAUACCAAUUACGACGAGUCGAGUCGAUUCCUCGGGAUGUUAGCCGAAGUGGCCGUCAAGACAUUGAAUGCCGAACAACACAACCAAUCGGAACUCAAAGCCCAUAAAAAGGCGAAUAAACAUGUCUUAAAUGUGGACCAAAUGCGCAAAUUGUCGGACAAAGUAUUGGUCGAGUCUUUCAGUGAAUUGAGUUGCGAUGAAAUCCGGCGUAUAUUUCAAUACAAAUGUGUUUUAAUGCCCCAAAAGUGUGGUCUCGUGUGCGAGAGCUUUGCUGUGGAGGAAAGGGCUCGUACUCUCAUGAGAGACCAUCUCUUGGAUCACAUCCGUAACGUUGAGCUCGACUUCACGGCAGAGACUGUGAGCGCAAGGAAUAAGAGGCUAAACGAUGGCAACAGAUUGUGGAGAAACUGUCACUCGAAGAGUAACGCAAAAUCCGUUUCGCAAACCAAUAAAAUUGUGAAAAACACAUCAAUUACUGAAAUAAGUGAUGAAAAUUCAUGUAAAAUUCAAUGUAAUCAUGACUUGAGUAGUGAUUGUUUGUCUUCGGAUGACAUUAAAUGCGAAAAUAAUGAGAAGAAUAUGAGAGACAUUGGGAAGGGAUGUGAAGAUCAUUGCUAUACUUCACUCGAAGGACCGAAAGUAAAGUCAACUCCUGUAGAGAAAAGUGACGAUAAUUUGUUGUGCAGUAAAAAGAAAUGUUUAAACGUAACGAAAGUGAUCUCAACGCCGGCCUUCCCUUUCAUAUACGAACCCGUUUUGCCAAACAUAUCACAAGUCAUUGAAAUCGGUCCAACUCUUGGCAACCAAUUGUCCAAAAUUAACGCAGACUCGAGUCAAACAGUGAGCCAUAAUGUUGUCGACGAACUCAAUACAAAUGCAUUGCAAUUAAAACGACUCGCUUUGCAAUACAUUAAUGAUAUUCGAGUUAAAACUAGAGGACAAACCGAUAAGAGUUCGUUUCGGUGUAAGAUAUGUAUCGAUAAGACAUUCACAUCUCCGACAACAUUAAUAUAUCACUACAGAAGCCAUGCGGGGGUUAAGCCAUUCGAGUGCUCGCUGUGUAAGUCGACGUUCACACGACAGCAUAGUCUCAAUUACCAUAUGUUAAUACAUUUGAACAAAUCUCGGUUCGUGUGCGAAGAGUGCGGCCGAAACUUCAGACAUCCCUCACAUUUCAAGGAACACAUGAGACGACACACCGGAGAAACACCCUAUGAAUGCAACGACUGCUUCAUUAAAUUUAAGACACGAAACACAUAUAAACGUCAUUUGCAGACAAAGCACUCGAAAAUGUUGACGAGUAAAGGGAUUUUCGAUUUGCCCGACAACGACCUCCACAUCCGAAAGCCAUGUCCGCCGCGCCGUAAAUAUGGGUUAGGAUUUCUUCACCAGAAUAUCGAAGCCGUGGCCCGAUAUGAAAGGGCACAGCAAGAGGUGAAUCAGACCAUCAAAAGCAAGUGUCACGUAAUUGAAGCGAUCGAUUCCAAUCAUAUCCUAAUUAAUAAUUUUAAUUCGAGUAAAAAUAAUUUCGAGAAAUUACUACAAGCCGUGGCCAUCGCUGAAGAUAACAACCGAUCUAUCAUUACAUAAAUUAUAUUAUCGUUCAGUUAAUUAUAUUUUGCGCACAAUUUCUCUAUAUUUUUGACAUUAGAUUCACAUUUUUAAACAUUAC